AUUGCAGACAGACACACAACAUGGCGGACUAGGAGAGCGAGCCGACGCGCCCGGAUACAGCGGAUAAACUGUGGGGUUCACCAUCCGACCAGGAGCCCUCGGAGGAGACCGUGGACUGGAGGGGCGCCUUGUUUUUUCUGGAUUAGGCAGAAGAGGAAACAAUCGGCGAAGUGUUGGCAGCGGUGCGUCCCAGCUUGUGCUUCCCUCUUCCUCCGCUAUCACCCAGCAGUUCCCCCCCACCCCUACCCCGCUCUUAGUUCCUGGGGUGUGGAGACUGAGGGGCCGGGGUUGAAAAACGUGGAAGAGGGGAGGGAGAUAACAAAAAAAAAAAAAGGCGGAUAAAUCUCUGCUUGGUUUCCACGGGCUUCCUCCGGGCGCUACAGGAGUUGUGGAACACACCGUGCGAAUGAGUGAUUGAUGUCACCUUUGCUUCUUCAGGGCAGGAUGGGUGUGUGUCCCCUGCUCCUGCUGCUUGGUGUGGCCCUCGGGGCCUCAGCCCAAGAUCCAUCCACCGCAAGUCCUUCAAAUGUGUCCACCAAACCCACAAAGCCUCCAGUCGCACAUCAACUUGAAUUAACUCCUGCUCCACCCCCUCCAGACACUGCCAUUGUCACGACGCCUGCCCCCACAGUGACGACAGUAACAACAGAAACCACCACAAGCCCAGGUGGUACUGAGAGCACCAAAACCUCUGAUUCCACUACUGCUGGAAUGCCACUCACUACAGCUCCUGCUGAUGCCGCCGAACCACCAUCAGUUGUCAAAACUCCCCCUCCUGCCACCCCAACAAGAGGAAACGCCACAACCGUGGCUUCAGACGUUGAAACUCCAGUGACUGACUCCUACAUACCUGUGGAAACCACCACAAAACAGGUCACUUCAAACAACAAGCCAGAUGACGAUGAAAUGCCAAUCAUUGCUGUGAUGGUGGCCCUGUCCUCCCUGCUGGUCAUCAUCUUCAUCAUCAUCAUCCUGUACAUGCUCAGAUUUAAGAAGUACAAACAAGCAGGAAGUCAUUCCAACUCCUUCAGGUUGGCCAACGGCAGAUCAGAUGAUACAGAACUCCAGAGCGUGCCGCUAUUGGCCCGCUCGCCCAGCACAAACAGGAAGUACCCACCCAUUCCCGUGGACAAGCUGGAGGAAGAAAUGAACCGUCGCAUGGCCGAUGACAACAAGCUCUUCAGAGAGGAGUUUAACGCUCUGCCAGUCUGCCCCAUCCAGGCGUCAUGCGAUGCUGCUUCAAAGGAAGAAAAUAAAGAAAAAAACAGAUAUGUCAACAUCCUGCCAUAUGAUCAUUCCAGGGUUCAUCUCUUGUCUCUAGAGGGAGUCCCCGACUCUGAUUUCAUCAAUGCUUCUUUUAUAAAUGGCUACCAGGAGAAGAAUAAGUUUAUAGCAGCACAAGGGCCAAAGGAGGAAACGGUAAACGACUUUUGGCGGAUGAUUUGGGAGCAGACUACAGCCACCAUCGUCAUGGUGACCAACCUGAAGGAGAGAAAGGAGUGUAAGUGUGCACAGUACUGGCCGGACCAGGGCUGUUGGACGUACGGCAACAUCCGCGUGUCUGUAGACGACACGGUGGUUCUGGUGGACUACACUGUUCGCAAGUUCUGCAUCCAGCAGGUGGGCGAUGUUUCUGGGAAGAAGCCUCAGAGACUGGUCACUCAGUUCCACUUCACCAGCUGGCCAGACUUCGGGGUGCCCUUCACCCCCAUCGGCAUGCUCAAAUUCCUCAAGAAAGUUAAAAACUACAACUCUCAGUACGCUGGACCCAUUGUUGUUCACUGCAGUGCGGGUGUGGGAAGGACGGGUACCUUCAUAGUGAUUGAUGCCAUGCUAGACAUGAUGAACGCUGAGAAGAAGGUGGAUGUUUACGGCUUCGUGACCCGGAUAAGAGCCCAGCGCUGUCAGAUGGUGCAGACUGAUAUGCAGUACGUUUUCAUCUUCCAGGCAUUGUUAGAGCACUACUUGUACGGGGACACGGAGCUGGAGGUGUCCUCGUUGGAGUCCCACUUAGCUAAGCUGUACGCCCCUGCACCUGGCGCUGGCUGCAGCGGGCUGGAGGCCGAGUUCAAGAAACUCACGUCAAUCAAGAUUCAGAAUGACAAGAUGAGAACAGGCAACCUGGCUGUCAACAUGAAGAAGAACAGAGUGCUGCAGAUCAUUCCAUACGAGUUCAACAGAGUCAUCAUUCCAGUCAAACGAGGGGAGGAAAACACAGACUAUGUCAACGCCUCUUUCAUUGAUGGCUACAGGCAGAAAGAUGCUUACAUCGUGAGUCAGGGGCCCCUGCUACACACCAUAGAGGACUUUUGGAGGAUGAUCUGGGAGUGGAGAAGCUGCUCCAUAGUCAUGCUCACUGAGCUGGAGGAGAGAGGCCAGGAGAAGUGUGCUCAGUACUGGCCCAGUGAAAGGGUUGUGAGCUAUGGAGACAUUUCCAUUGAGCUUAAAAGGGAGGAGGAGAACGAGAGUUACACAGUGAGGGACCUCCUGGUCACCAACACCAGGGAGAACAAGGCUCGAGCCGUGCGUCAGUUUCAUUUCCAUGGCUGGCCAGAGGUGGGCAUCCCUACAGACGGUAAAGGCAUGAUCAACAUCAUUGCUGCGGUGCAGAAACAACAGCAACAAUCCGGCAACCACCCCAUCACUGUGCACUGCAGUGCUGGUGCUGGACGGACGGGGACGUUCUGUGCACUGAGCACGGUUCUGGAGCGAGUGAAGGCUGAAGGCAUCCUGGAUGUCUUCCAGACUGUCAAGAGCCUCAGACUACAGAGACCCCACAUGGUGCAGACACUGGAGCAGUACGAGUUCUGCUACAAAGUGGUCCAGGAAUACAUCGACGCCUUUUCCGACUACGCCAACUUCAAGUAGGGACCUUCUGUGGAUGGAUGUCCUCACACACUUGUUACAAGCAUAAGCUCAUACCAGAACACACACGAACAUUCUCCUGCAGGGAGCUGCUUAUUGACCCGUCUGGUCCGUCGUUCUGAAAGACUUGAUCCGAGGACUAAAACCUGCCCGCAGGGAAAGGGA